AUGGGACGCGAUCCGAUCGAAGACCAUGGAUUUGUGCAUCGCUUAACAACCGAAAGCAAGAAUUCGCUUGCUCCGGGGCCGAACUUGGAUCACCUGAAUUCCGAGGUGGUGGAUAUCCUCAACACUUCCUUCAGCGCGAUCUGUGCUACGCAAGACCCCAAGACGGUGAACCUGUUCGAGUGGGCUUCACAAGAGGCUAUGAUGGCCACUACCGGUGCCAUCUAUGGUCCUCUUAACCCGUUUAAUGAUACGAAAGUUCGCACAGUCUACUAUGAUCUCCAGGCUGACUUGCUCAGACUGCUCAUGGGUUUUAUGAAACCAAUUUUCGCCAAGAAGCCUCUCCAAGCACUCGAGAUUAUAUCUGAAGCAUUUGAAAAGUACUACGCCGAAGGCGGCCUCGAGACAAGAUCGUCCGCCUUUGCUCGGGGCAGAUAUUCAUGCCCACGAGACCAUGGCGUGCCUGAAAAGGAUGUGGCGAAGAUGGAAGCUGGGGGUAUCUUCGCCCUGAUUGCUAACACCAUGCCGGUGGCAUUCUGGACGCUGUACCACGCCGUUGCGGAUCCUGCCGUUCUUGCAGAUUGCCGGCGGGAGCUUCAUGGAGCAGUAAGCGAGAAAGAUGGCCAGGCUUACUUGGACUUGACUUACGUCAAGAAUUCCUGCCCCAUCAUGGUCUCGGCGAUGCAAGAAGCGAUGCGAUUCCACAGCAUUGACCUCGCAAUGCGAGCUGUGGUGGAGGAUCAUAUGCUUGACGGGAAGUACCUUCUGAAGAAAGGCGCAACUGUCAUGAUCCCAGACGCACAACCCAGUGGCAUUCCGAGUCUUCGGCGGAGGCGCUACUCUCUGCCCCGGACGCCAGCUACCGAGAUCUUGGCGUUCGCCACCAUGAUGCUCCUGCGCUUUCAUCUCAAGGCCGUCGAUGGGCAGUGGUCUACUGGUGGAUAUACGCAGACUAAUGGGGGUAUUCGCCUUCCGCGUCAGGAUGUCCAGGUGGAGCUCCGCCCAUGA